AUGUCGAUCGACGACAACAUGACCUGCGAAAAUCACGAAGAAGCCGACACGAAGAUAGUUCAUCACUGGGAGACGUCAAGUGUCAAGUUCACUGACCACUUGAUUUGUGAGCCCGGAAUAGGUCGGUCACAGUACCCAAAUGGCGGAAUCUUUCUCUUAAGUACUAAGCCUUUAUUGGGAAAUAAAGUUCCCGAGGAUGUACAUGGUGUUCGCAGUGUUUUCCCAGAAUCCACCCAGUGUUUUAUAGAGGAAAACAAUAAUGAAGAACUGAGAGAUCCGCCUUUUGGGGAAAUAAUACACUACAACAUGGGAAGUCAUAGACCCUCAUCCACCUGAGAGGAACCUAUUCCGGCUCCAGUCAAGUCACUCUGGGAGUAUGUCAUUUGGGAAACACUUGGGGCGUUCCUGCUCCUGAUUUUCAUUCUACACCUGGACA